CUUCCUACCAGAAAUCGGCAAGUCACUGACCCUCGUCCCGCCCCGUCCAUUCCCUGCCUCCUCCUGUCCCGCAGUCCGCCUCCAGCGGCUCUGCUUGUUCGUGUGUGUGUCGCUGCAGGCCUUAUUCAUGGGCUCACCGCUGAGGUUCGACGGCCGGGUGGUAGUGGUCACCGGCGCUGGGGCAGGAUUGGGCCGAGCCUAUGCCCUGGCUUUUGCAGAAAGAGGAGCGUUAGUUGUUGUGAAUGAUUUGGGAGGGGACUUCAAAGGAGUUGGUAAAGGCUCCUUAGCUGCUGAUAAGGUUGUUGAAGAAAUAAGAAGGAGAGGUGGAAAAGCAGUGGCCAACUAUGAUUCAGUGGAAGAAGGAGAGAAGGUUGUGAAGACAGCCCUGGAUGCUUUUGGAAGAAUAGAUGUUGUGGUCAACAAUGCUGGAAUUCUGAGGGAUCGUUCCUUUGCUAGGAUAAGUGAUGAAGACUGGGAUAUAAUCCACAGAGUUCAUUUGCGGGGUUCAUUCCAAGUGACACGGGCAGCAUGGGAACACAUGAGGAAACAGAAAUAUGGAAGGAUUAUUAUGACUUCAUCAGCUUCAGGAAUAUAUGGCAACUUUGGCCAGGCCAAUUAUGGUGCUGCAAAGUUGGGUCUUCUGGGCCUUGCAAAUUCUCUUGCAAUUGAAGGCAGGAAAAGCAACAUUCAUUGUAACACCAUUGCUCCUAAUGCGGGAUCACGGAUGACUCAGACAGUUAUGCCUGAAGAUCUCGUGGAAGCCCUGAAGCCAGAGUAUGUGGCACCCCUUGUCCUUUGGCUUUGUCACGAGAGUUGUGAGGAGAAUGGUGGCUUGUUUGAGGUUGGAGCAGGAUGGAUUGGAAAAUUACGCUGGGAGCGGACUCUUGGAGCUAUUGUAAGACAAAAGAAUCACCCAAUGACUCCUGAGGCAGUCAAGGCUAACUGGAAGAAGAUCUGUGACUUUGAGAAUGCCAGCAAGCCUCAGAGUAUCCAAGAAUCAACUGGCAGUAUAAUUGAAGUUCUGAGUAAAAUAGAUUCAGAAGGAGGAGUUUCAGCAAAUCAUACUAGUCGUGCAACGUCUAUAGCAACAUCAGGAUUUGCUGGAGCUAUUGGCCAGAAACUCCCUCCAUUUUCUUAUGUUUAUACGGAACUGGAAGCUAUUAUGUAUGCCCUUGGAGUGGGAGCAUCAAUCAAGGAUCCAAAAGAUUUGAAAUUUAUUUAUGAAGGAAGUUCUGAUUUCUCCUGUUUGCCCACCUUCGGAGUUAUCAUAGGUCAGAAAUCUAUGAUGGGUGGAGGAUUAGCAGAAAUUCCUGGACUUUCAAUCAACUUUGCAAAGGUUCUUCAUGGAGAGCAGUACUUAGAGUUAUAUAAACCACUUCCCAGAGCAGGAAAAUUAAAAUGUGAAGCAGUUGUUGCUGAUGUCCUAGAUAAAGGAUCCGGUGUAGUGAUUAUUAUGGAUGUGUAUUCUUAUUCUGAGAAGGAACUUAUAUGCCACAAUCAGUUCUCUCUCUUUCUUGUUGGCUCUGGAGGCUUUGGUGGAAAACGGACAUCAGACAAAGUCAAGGUAGCUGUAGCCAUACCUAAUAGACCUCCUGAUGCUGUACUUACGGAUACCACCUCUCUUAAUCAGGCAGUAGUAACAGUGUUUCACCCAGAUAUAAUUCUUGGCUUCCCCUUCUACAUUUUUUUUUCCCUCCUACUGAUUUUAGUGGCUGCUUUGUACCGCCUCAGUGGAGACUGGAAUCCCUUACACAUCGAUCCUAACUUUGCUAGUCUAGCAGGUUUUGACAAGCCCAUAUUACAUGGAUUAUGUACAUUCGGAUUUUCUGCCAGGCGUGUUUUACAGCAGUUUGCAGAUAAUGAUGUGUCAAGAUUCAAGGCAAUUAAGGCUCGUUUUGCAAAGCCAGUAUAUCCAGGACAAACUCUACAAACUGAGAUGUGGAAGGAAGGAAACAGAAUUCAUUUUCAAACCAAGGUCCAAGAAACUGGAGACAUUGUCAUUUCAAAUGCAUAUGUGGAUCUUGCACCAACAUCUGAUACUUCAGCUAAGACACCCUCUGAGGGCGGGAAGCUUCAGAGUACUCUCGUAUUUGAGGAAAUAGGACGCCGCCUAAAGGAUGUUGGGCCUGAGGUGGUGAAGAAAGUAAAUGCUGUAUUUGAGUGGCAUAUAACCAAAGGCGGAAAUAUUGGGGCUAAGUGGACUAUUGACCUGAAAAGUGGUUCUGGAAAAGUGUACCAAGGCCCUGCAAAAGGAGCUGCUGAUACAACAAUCAUACUUUCAGAUGAAGAUUUCAUGGAGGUGGUCCUGGGCAAGCUUGACCCUCAGAAGGCAUUCUUUAGUGGCAGACUGAAGGCCAGAGGGAACAUCAUGCUGAGCCAGAAACUUCAGAUGAUUCUUAAAGACUAUGCCAAGCUCUGAAGGGCACACUACACUAUUAAUAAAAAUGCAAUAAUUAAAUACUCUCUUCACCCAAAUAUCCUUGAUUAUUCUGCAAAAGUGAUUAGAACUAAGAUGCAGGAGAAAUUGCUUAACAUUUUCAGAUAUCAGAUAACUGCAGAUUUUCAUUUUCUACUAAUUUUUCAUGUAUCAUUAUUUUUACAAGGAACUAUAUAUAAGCUAGCACAUAAUUAUCCUUCUGUUCUUAGAUCUGUAUCUUCAUAAUAAAAAAAUUUCGCCCAAGUCCAGUUUCCUUAGAAUUUGCGAUAGCAUUGGUAAGUUGAAAGGAAAAUUAAAUCAAUAAAGGCCUUUGAUACCUUU